CCCUGUAUCCCAAACUUCCCCCAAGUAUUCUUAUCCAAAUUUAGUGUUGUUUGUGCCAUGACUUUCCAAAGGGAAGAAGAAGGAGAAGAAAGACAUGAUCAGAUUGAACAAAAAGCUGGUGAAAAAGAGGAAACAGGAAUUGGGGAUGGAAACUUGGGAGAUUUAUUGAGUCUGGGUCUGAACAGAAACGAGCCUCUGGUGGCAUCAGCCGGAGAUUUUGAUCUGGAGUCAAAGCCGGCCGGCAACAGGGUUUUCUCAUGCAACUUCUGCAUGAGGAAGUUCUACAGUUCACAGGCGUUAGGCGGCCACCAGAACGCACACAAGAGAGAAAGAGGGGCGGCGAAAAGGUUCCAUUCUCACCGGAUUAUGAUGAAGACGAUGGGAUUUCCGUUCAAUUCUCCGGCGAUUCGGUCUCUCGGCGUCCAGCCUCACGCCCUGAUGCACACGCCUAACAGAGAUGGCCCUUCAACGGUGGCUAGAUUUUGCGUGGACCCAGGGUGUGGGAUGGCCUGGACGCCGUUUGCAGCCGAAGAACCGUUGGAUAUGAUUUGGCCGGGGAGUUUUCGCCAUGUGAAGUCGCCGGAGCAACAGCCGGAUUUGCAAAAGAUUGAUUUGAACCUUCGGUUGUAAGAAACUGUGGAUUCUAAUGUUGUCUCUGUAUCAUAUGCUCUGCAAUUUACUUCCGUUUGGACAUCUUUUUUCUGUAAUAAUCAUAGUAUUUUUUU